UGCUCUAGAAUAGAUCAAGCCCGCCGGACGUUAUGUACGCCAGUAAUCAAGCGUGCGACAUCGCCACUUACAACUUCGUAAAGCAAUUGCCUACUUUACGAAUUCUUUUAUCCCCGUUUGGACUUCUGAAACGAAGAUUGCAAAGGCUGCCUUCUCGAAUUCGAGGUCUUUUGUUGCCUGUAGCCAUCAUCAUCUCCCAGGUUGGUCCAUUUUGAAUGAACUUGGUCAAUAUUAGGAUCAAGUUGUUGGCAGCUUCUUUAACCAACGAAUUUGAUUUUGCAAUUCUGCCUAUAUGAUUUCUUUUUUCAAUAUAACAUCCUAAUCUUUUGAAUAUCCAAAUUAACCAUAUAACAGUAGUAGUCUAUUUUAUCAUCGUCUUCGUAAGUUUGGAUUACAACGCUACAAGUAUUUACACUAAUAGGUAAUU